AUGGCGCCCAGUGCCCGUGUCUUAAGAGAUAUGAAGGCCCGAAAGGGCGCUCAGGCCAACGAAAUUGCGCGAAGGGCGUACCUUUUCGUUGCCCGGAACGAGACCUUGUCACCACAAGUCCGCCAUCAUGCCCAGCUUCAACUAAACACCUUUGGACGGUAUACGCGGCCAGCAACCUGCAGUAAUCGUUGUCAUGUAUCUGGAAAGGGAAGAGGUAUCAUCUCUGAAUUUGCCUUGUCGAGGUUUCAAUUCCGUGUCAAGGCCUUGAGAGGAGAGCUUCCUGGAGUCAACAAAGCGUCGUGGUAA